AUGUCUGUAAAGUGGACUGGAAGUCAAAGUGAGUCUGGUAUAUUAAGAAAGAGUGAAUAUAAGGAGAAGAAAGAAGAUCUUUUCGUGUUUGGCUACUCGUGCAAAUUGUUCAGGGACGAUGAUAAAGCCCUUCACAUUGAUCAAGGAAAACACCUCAUUCCGUGGAUGGGGGAUGAAACGUUGAAAAUCGACAGGUAUGAUGCAAGGGGUGCUCUUCACGACCUGUCGAGGCUUGAGGCUCCACCAGGCGGCUACGAUUGGCGUGUUGAACUCACUAAGGAUCAACAGGAUGUUGAACAGCUAUGUGAUGAUGAGAGGUAUCGUGCUCUGCACACUAAUGAAGAUGAAGAAGAAAUGUAUAAAGAAGAAGAGCUGAAGCGUCUUCAUGCAGCUGGCUAUGGACAAGUAGGAUUUAACUAUGAAACACCAGCGGAGCCAUCGCCAUCAUCACAGCCAACCACAGAAGUAGAUGAACCAUAUAUACCAACGCCUGCAUUCAGAGAACUUCUUCCUUCAGAUAUUGUGUUUCCUGAAACCAUAAAACUGAAUGCAAUAAUAGAAAAAACAGCAAACUUCAUAGCAACCCAGGGUGCUCAAAUGGAAAUCCUCAUAAAAGCAAAGCAGAGUGACAAUCCACAGUUUCAGUUCCUGGCCAAGGAAUCAAACCUUCACCCUUAUUAUUCUGCUCUGAUUGCACUGGUGAAGAGUGGCAAGUGGCCUGAAAAAGAUGAGGAGGUUGAAGAAAAGCCUGAACAAGAGCCUGAAGAAUACCUACAUCCAAGCUUAGCGUCAACCAUAAUCGAAUCUGCGCCAGCAAUCCCGAGUAUACACUACAAGCCAUCGGCAGACUGUGACUACACCAUGUUAAUUAGCAAAAUGCGUGGCGAAGGGGACGGUGAAGGAGAGGGAGAAGCCCGUGGGGACGUGCCGCCUCCUGGGACAGAACCUCCGCGCCACACAGCAGAGAUAUACAGAGCACCGGUUAUGUACACACGGGGGGCUGAUGGAAAUCAUGUUGACCCAACUGUGCAACCGGCUGUAACACAAAACUACAUGCAACAAUAUGCAACCUACUACCCCCAAAAUUUGGCCCAGGAACAGGAGCAACAAAAGCAACUGACUCCCGGUCCACUUAAGUCUACAGGAUUGAGUCUCAUGAAGCAUUACAAUACUGACUCGGAUUCUGAUUCAUCUGAUUUCGACGACAGCUCUUCCACUGACAGCAAGGAACCCGCCAUUGCUACACCACCUGAUGAUGUUCAAAUAGUGAUUGACAAGAUGGCGUCAUACGUUGCAAGAAAUGGCGAUGAGUUUGUAAACAUAGUGCGUGCUAAAAACGACCCUCGCUUCACGUUUUUGGACCCUGACAAUGUGUACCAUGCAUAUUAUAAGAAACUUAUGCUACAGAAAAGGGGAGGGGAAACUAAUGGGAAAGAGAAGAAAAAGAAAUCCACCGCUCCCGUGUCGUUCUCAAUCAAAAAACUUAAAGAACCUGAUCCCAUUCUACCGAAGCCGGCCUUACCUUACGAAUCGAGCUCUGAUGAAGACUCCGAGAAACAGAAUGAUAAACAACCUGAAAAACCAGAAGAAAUCAAAGAAACUCCUAAAGUGGUGCAACCAGUCCCUAUGAACCUGAUGCCACCAGUAGUGGUCUACAAGAUAGAUGGACAAUUGAACAACGAUCUCCCUGCAGUCAAAACGAUUGAACCACCAAAACCUAUAGUAAUAAAACCCCCUGCUAAACCAAUAACUAUUAAACCAGAAGUAAAAAUAGAAAUACUUAAAGCGCCCAUAAUAGAAGAGAAAGCUCCUGUAGAUGUAGAAAAACCUCCCAUACAGGCAGUUGAAGAAGUAAAAAAUCCUACACCAGAGCCGAAAGAAGUGAAACUUGAAAAAGAUAGAGAAAGUCCUUAUAAAAGAGAAAAAAAGAAACAUAGAGACAAGAAAAAAGAGUACAGGUCUAAAUCAGAAAGUAGGGAAGUGAGACGCAACGAGCGUAGAAGUCUGGAAAGAGAAAAAAAGAGAGAAAAGGAUACAGAAAGAGAAAACAAAAAAAGUAAAUACAGUAAGGAUGACUUGGAGAACGAAGUUAUUUCUUUGGAGGAUAAUUCUGAUGAUCUAAUUGAUUUGACGGGUGACCAAUCUGAUUCAAAAGUGGAAGAAACCGAAGCUGAGCGCGCUAAACAACAGGAGCGUCGUCGUCGCGCCGCCGAGUUCCUGAAGAAAGUUGGUGUCGAUCCUUCAGCUGCACAACUGCCUACUUCUUCGCUGGCAAGUGCUAUGGUUGACACACUGGAGUCAAUAAGAAAGAAAAAAGCAGAAGAGGAAGAGAAAAGGCGUAGACGCGAUAAGAGACGUCACCGCGACAGACGAGAUUAUGGAGAUGGUAAUGAGAGAUCUCAUAGAAAAAGUAAACGCAGAAAGUACAAGUCAACUGAUGAGAACGAGGACUCGGAUUAUGACAGCUCAAAAAAGAAAAAGCGGAAGAAGGACAGGAAACACAGCUCCAAGAACAAAAAAAAGAGAAAGCAAGACAAUGAAGUUGACGAAGAAGACCCUCCAGUUCUGAACAUUGAUCUUACCAAUACAUUAAAGGAGUUGAGAAAUUCAUCUCCCACUAAAGAAUUGGGGUUACAAGAUGUGGAAAAGACACCACAAAGCUUGACUAGACAGGAGUCCUCGGAUGAAGAAUUGGUAAGAGUAAAGAGGAAGACGGAGAGAGAAUAUAGUGAGGGGGAGUGGUCGAGUGAUAGUGAAGGAGAUUCUAAAUCUUCAGCUAGUAAAGACGAUUAG